GAUACAGUAGUCAUAAGGUAUAUCAGGUUUAUUAAUAAAAUGACCACACAUCAACUUUGUCAGCUUCUGUUUAUAAUGAAACAAGCAUCCGUUGGCUCGAGUUCGAAUUUAACAUCUUUAUCUGCUGAAGAUGAAGAGUAUUAACAAGCCCGGAAUAAAACACAUGAACAAAAUCACAGGACUGUCUUAACUACUAAAACAUAAUCUACAUGAAUGAGUGAGAGUAUGAAUCACAGAGACAGUGUUCAGUAGAAACACCCGAUGGUGACCGAACGCAACCAAGAAGCGGUUUUCUGUUUCCUAAGAGUGAUGAUAGAAAACGUGGAUUUAAUGGAUCAUUUUAGAUCGACAAUUACGACGAACUCUGCAUUAAAAACAACGGGACACUUAAACGGUAGGUCGAAAACGUGGCAUUCCUUAAAGUCGAAAAUGGGUUAAAUACAUUUGCCUUGAAACGAAUUUAAAGCAAUAACGAGUUCAAGACAGACACGAAAUGUCCCAGAUGAGCACCUCAAAGUUUCCAUCAGGUUCUUGUGACAUCAGAAGUGAAAGACGUGAAGGUGAUUCACCUUUGUUAGGUAAGUUAACAAUGCGGCAGUUGCGAAAUCAAAACCGAAUCUUUAGGUCACGUUUUCGGAGGACGUGAACUGCAAACAACUUCUGUCGAACAGACAUGGGCAAUUCAAGCACGAUAACACGGCGAAAAUCAGAGCAAAAAAUAAACCAGACACAAGAGUCAGAUAACGAUACAAGACCUGAGAUUUCUGCAGAAGUAUCAGACGGGAUUUUGUCUGAUUCGUCAUGUUCAAGUGAAGUGAAGACACCGGGAGCAUCUGGACGUCUGACCCAUAAUCUGACAGAUGAAUAUCAGUCGGACUCCAUCAGUAACACUCCAGAAAACUUCGACGAGGAUUUCACGAGCGGCUCGCCGCAGAUUCGUCGCUUUUAUGUCUCCGGUAGAUGUCCGCGCGUCGAUGACGAGCUCGCGCCAGUGACGCUCGAGCCCAUGGAACACGAGUGGAUGAUGUGCGCGUCUGACGGACAGUGGGAGAGUCUCCACCGGCUGCUCGUCAGCGAUCCCACCCUCAUUACUAGAAAAGACUUCGUAACAGGAUUCACCUGUCUGCACUGGGCCGCAAAGCUAGGCAAACACGAACUGAUUGCGAGGCUCGUCAACUUUGCACAAGAACAACAAGUGUCUAUGAACAUCAACGCGCGCUCCAGCGCGGGUUACACGCCUCUGCAUUUGGCGGCGAUGCACGCUCAUAUUGAGGUGGUGAAAUUAUUAGUCGGAGCUUUUGGGGCCGACAUAGAGGCUCGAGAUUACAACGGUAAAAGAGCGUGUCAGUACCUGAAGAACGACAUUGCGCAAAACAUUCUUGACAUCAUGGGCGCGUUUGUAGAAACUGACGCAGAAAACGCGGAUCCUGGGGACGCGACUCGCUGGAGACUGUCGAGAGUUCUUCAGGCCAAUCGGAGACCUCUUAAAGCCCAAAACCACUCCAACGGCCAAGAGGAAAGCGAAAGCGUCGUGUUGACCAAACACAAGUCUUUCCCCAGGAAAUCUUCCUUUAGUAACAAGAAACCCGGUUUUCGUAAAAUCCGCUCGAGGACUCAGAUAAUCCACAGCACAUCUGUCUUUGACAGGUUUGAGAAAGAAGAGAAUGUAAAUCCAUUAAGACCCAAAUCCAGCCUCUUUGAGUGACGCGGAAAGUAUUGCAAUUCAUCUGUGUUAUUCUUUUGCUUUAAAAGUCUAUGUUAAAGUGAAUUGUAUUAAUGUUUUUCUGAAAAAUAAUCUUCACUGAGAUGUUAAAUAAGAAUUAACCAAAAACAGUAUAUAACAUAACAUUUCUGAUCUUUAUUUGUGCUAAAAUAGGUUUUCUGUAAAGCUGUAUUGCAACAACCCUGGUGAAAAAUAAAUAUACUUUUUGUAUUUUAAACGGUCUUUUUUCAAUAGUAAACAGCAGGGGCGUUGCUAGACCUAAAGCUCUACUGGGUCACAGGCCCCGUUACUUUUUCUAUCACUUUUUUUAGAGAUGUUCCGAUACCAUUUUCCCCUUCCCGAUUCCGAUACCUGGGCUCAGUGUAUCGGCCAAUACCAAGUUCUGAUCCGAUACCUGGGUGAUACAGCUGUAUAUACUAGCCCUGUAUGAAUUGAUAGAAUUAUUUUGUGGUGUGCUUCAGACUUAUCCCUUAAUAAAACAUGA